CAUCCCCCUCCCCUACCUUCUCCCCUCCCAACAGCAGACAGGGGCACACAGACGACCACACUCUCCAGCCAAACCCUAAUUGUGUGUGCGUGUGUCUGCAUUUUUUUCCCUGACAUGAAGAAGGAAACCAAGUUACCAUGUGGCAUUGUUGGAUGCCCUUCAUCUUGGUCUGGGUAUCCAUGGCAACCCCAGCCAUGUGCCAAAGUGGAGACUGGGGUUCAGGCUUUGACAUUUACUCUGAGAUAAUAGCCACCAAUGACACAUCUCAGGCAGCUGGUGAUGAGCCUGCGAGGAUAAGAAACAAUCAGGACUGGAUCACAUCAGCAGCUUUCUCACCAUCGCCAUCGCCAUCACCAUCACCUGCGCUGCAGUACGAGCCUCAACCUGACAAGUGCUCGGUCUUCUUCAACACUAACACUGCUUGGGCUCGAAGGCUGAAGGCCGAGAAAGAGGAGCUGGCCUAUCUGCAGGCCAUCCAGCAUGGAAACAAAGCGGUGAUGGAGAACUUGUUGCAGUUUGUGGGGGCAGAGCUGGGAGAUCAGAGCUAUGAAGAUGUGAUUAAGGAAAAUGUCAUUGGGAUCCAAGAGGACCACAAAAGUUGCCACGAGGUGGUAGAGAAGGCUGAGGAAGAUAUGGAACAGCAGCUGGAGGGCGAAGUGCUGCAUGCUGGGAUGCAGAAAAUAAGAGAAGAGUCCUUGUCCUUUGAAGACAUGCUCCGCGCUGCAUUGGACAUCGCCAACAGGCUGGAGAUCUCAUCGCAGACCCUGCACGCAUCAUUUACCAAGCAGCUGAAAGACAUCACCAAAAUCCAUCGCUAA